AUGGCAGGUACAAACGGAAAGGAAAAAUUACCCCAGGAGGUUAGGUCCCUCGGGACUGAAUCCCUACCUUCAGCUACGGCUGGAUUCUGGGGGAGCAAACCUGCGCGGAGUGAUGUGGAAGGAGGAGAUAGGAGGAAACAAGAGAUAGAGAGGAGAAGGAAGGAGGAGGAGAAAAGAAGAGCGGAAAUGGAAAGAAAGAGGAAAGGAGAAAUGGAGAAAGAAAAAUACGAAAGAGAACUGUUGGAAAAACAGAAAAGAAGGAAAAGUCUGAGCACCAUAGCAAGUGAAGAAGGAGAAGGAAAUGAAGGAGAGGAUGAAGGAGAGUCGGAGAUAGAGAAAGUGAGAAGAUCUCCAAGUGAUGUAGAGAAAAGAGAAAUUGAGAGAAUAGCUAGAGAGAGAAGAAGAAUAAAGGAAGUGGAGGAAGGAUUGACUCAGACAGAGUCGGAAACGGCUGAAUCGGAUAAAGAAUUCAGCAGGAAAAGGAAAAAAGAGAGGGUUUGGACAGCCCGAUUGAAGGAGGUGAAAGUGAAGAUAAUCUGGUGGAAAUUGAAGAAACUCUUGAGACAUGGUUUAGAGAAACUCUUGACAAUUGAGAGAUGGUUUAGAACUACCAGAACUAAGACAAAAGGAAUAAGCAUUGCCGUAGAAACUAAAUUAUUCGGCUAUCUAAGAGUGAUAAAGAACAGUGUGGAAAAAGAAAAAAUGGAGAGAGAAAGAAUUAAUGGAAGAAUUGAAGGAAGAGAAGAAGUGAUGAAGAUGAUAAGAGAAGUGAGUUUGGAGAGGAGAAUAGAAAAGAUAGAUGAAGGAAGUAUGGUGGAAGAAACUGAUGUUGAAAUGGAAGGAAGAAGAAAGACUUAUGCUGGAAAGCUGAAAGAAGGACUUAAGAUACCGAAAAUGAGUGGUGUAAAGAAAGUAGUUAAUGAAGCACGGAUUGUAUUAAUAAGAAAAGAUGGAGCAGAAAGUGAAGCUGUCAAGGAGGACGUGAAGAAAGCAGUUGACCCUAGAAAAUUGGGUCUAAGAGUAAAGAGAGUAGGUAAGGUGAGAAAUGGAAUCAUGGUGGAAGUUGAAAGUGAAAAGGGCAAGGAGAUGUUGAUGAUAAAUGAAGAUCUAAAGAGCAAAGGACUAAAGGUAGAAGAGCCUUAG